AACGUCAGCUGGGGUGUGGUUGACAGUCGGAGAAAUUCCCCUGACACGGAUUUACAAGAGAAAAUAAAAACAUGUUCUAGAAUAAACAAAGUGGCAACAUUUGUGUAAUCAUCAGCUUGGAGACAUGCUGAAGAUCUUUAAGAAGUCAGGUCGUAGAAAAGAGAACACAAAUUCGUCAUCGCAGGAAAUUUCCGGAGAUGCUGAUGACCAACGGAGGAGACACUCUGGCAGCCAACCAGCUGCAUCACUGGCGACCGCAGAGGAGUUAUGCGAGAGCCAGGAAGACGAAAGUGAGGCUUGUCGCUCGAGAUUGUCCAAGAAUCUGCUGGAAAUUCUCUCUGAGAAGAGUAGCCUGUGCUACUUCGUUCAGUUCCUGGAGGAGCGCAAAGUGCUACCACUGAUCAAGUUCUGGUUGGACGCAGAGAGUUUCCGGACGUCAGCACAAGUUUGCGAGAAGUCCGAUGGGCUUCACAAGACCACAACGAAGAGCACUUCUUCCGAAGGGUGUGACAAUUUGUCUUGCUUCAGCGUGGACUGCGAAUCUGUGUCCCUGAACUCGUCUACAAGUUGUGAUAUUAGACGCGGGGAAGAUGGGAAGUCCACCAUGUCAGACGACUUGAGUGGGCAGCUGGGAAAAAUCACGGAUUUCAUUGCAAAUCAGGAGGACAGUAACCUGGACGGCUACUCAAAUUUAUGUGAUAUCUCGAUAGGGCAGUCAAGCGGAGAGGAGAAGAGUCAGGAUGAGGCGAAAAAGCGGCUGGAGGAGGAUGACGACGAAGAAGAUGAUGAGGAAACGAUAAAAGUGCAGAGAAGCAUCGCCACGGACGCUGUUAGAAUCUUUAAGAAGUACUUCACGAGCAACUCGUCUUACUGGAUCGACAUCCCAGCCCCAGUCCAUGCCAAAAUUUCCCUGGCGCUGUGCCAGGAGGACGGUGGACCAGUGUCCCCGUUCUGUUUCGAAGCAGCGCAGAAGUACGUAUUCAAUCGCCUCGAGAGGGAUCACCUUAGCGACUUCCUGGACAGCAUUUUCUACUGCAAGUACUGCGUUGACGUCCUAACCGGGGACAAUCUACACAUUCGUGAUAUCCUGUAUAGCGAGUCGGCCUUAUUCUAUUUCCUGGAGUUCCUUGAACAGGAAAAUAUCCGCGAUUACCUGGAUUUCUGGGUGUCGGCCACGAACUUCCGUCGCCAAUUCAUGGAGAGUGGCGAUCGGCUGGUUUUUGCGGAGGCGCAGAAGGACGCAAUGGUGCUGUAUGAGAAGUAUUUCUCCCUCCAGGCCAACACAUCCCUCCAAUUCUCAGACACCGUGCGAUUCCAUGUAGAAGAGCGGAUUUGCUCUCAAACUGAACCCAUCUUUACAUGUUUUGACCGGCCGGUGCGCAUUGUUGAGCACUUUCUAGCGACAAACCACUUUGCCGGAUUCACAAAGUCUCAACUGUUCUACAAGUACCUGUCGGAGCUCCUGAAUCGCAUCCAGGAGCACAAGCGAUCGACAGAUCAGAACAAAAAGGGCCACAGGAAGACUAAUUCUGAAUGCUGGAGCAGUAUCUCAACGCAGAACACUCUCUUGGCUAUGGAGACGCCCCAGAAGCAUCGAGCUGUGCGCUCCUGCUCCACGUCAGACAUGCAAAUCGAUGCUAGACAUAUCAGCGAUCCCGACCUUCUCUGGAGGCGUUCCUCAUUCGCCCACGGCCUUCGCUUCGGCAGCGUGAACGCCCUGGGGCGCUACGAGCGUGACUUCGACAUGGACAACGGCGAUGCCGAGCGCUGGAGUCUUUCCGCAAGUGGAAAUAAGCUGAAGAAAGCCAUGCGGAAGCUGGUGAAUCUCCCCGAGGAUCGCGUACAGGAAGAGAUUGCCUGGCAAGUGGCCGAGAUGAUUGUUAAAGAUAUUACGAAUGUUACUCUCAAUCAUGACACAGGAACGUGAUGUCUGUGACUCUCUCUAACUCUCUGUCAUUCCUUUUUUGUGGAAUUUCUACCCCUAAGAAUCUUUAGUCACUCUUCAGUGUUAUUAACAUUUUUUUGCAAUGAUUUAAGAUAGUAUUCUUUAUUGUCUGUCCUGAGAGAAUUUAUGUGAAUUGUUUAAUUGACAAAUUCGGAUUUUGAAAGGCGUCACUAGAGACUCAUAGGUGUUAUUUUUUGAAGAAUUGAAAACAAUAAAUUAAUAUAUUAUGAGAAUAUCGAAUGAGUUAUCACUUUAUGUUUG